AUGUCUCAUACUGGUGACAAUUUGAGUAUUGAUGAUAAUAAUAAUGACUUCCUUUACUUUUUCACAUACCCUGACGAGAAUUAUACAUGCCCACCGGCGGCUUAUUCAGAAUAUCAAAUUUAUGAUCAGUUUGUAACUCAAGCUAGUAAUAUUGUUAGUUACGGAGGAACAUUAAUAACAGUCGCAGUAUAUGGCAUUAACUCUCGAUUUGGGUGGC